GUUUAGUUGGACGCGUCGGUAAGAUAGCUGAGUGGUAUUGAAAACCGACAAACUAUGCUGAAUUAUACUAAAAGGUAUUACUCUAGAUGUCAGAAACUACAAACAAUAAUUAAAAAUUGUUACCAUCAAACGAGAGGUUGCAUCCAUCGUAGGGUACGGACUAGUUAUACGCGGACCUGCUUCCGGACGGUUUGUCUCCGCACUUAAAUCCUGCAGUGACCUCCCCGCAUUUUGGCAGACGGUGUGUUGACUGUUACAUGAUUCAUCUGUAACUGGCAAUUAUCUCAUUGAAAUCCAAUUAUUACUCCGUGACUUUAAAAUGCGUGUCCCAGUCUCAUCUGCCAACAGUGGAAAGCCGGCAACUCUCCAGACGACCACCGCAUCGGAUGACACCGCCGGUCUCACACUCUUGCGCUCAACCAUUCUGAUUCCUGGCAGAGGAUAUCCCAUCCCCAAUGGCGUUGUUAUUAUCCGAGAAGGAAAGAUUGAGUGGGUAGGAAGUAUGCUUGAUGUACCGUCCAAGUAUCGCAAACUGCCCACCGCUGCCUAUGCAACCUGUCUAAUGCCUGGCUUGUGGGACUGCCAUGUGCACUACUUUGGCCUCGACGUCGCAGCUUCUCUAGCUUCUGGAAUACAGAGCUUCCUACCAGGACACGCAGCCUUGGUUGGCGCCAUCACUGUAGAAGAUCUGCGUGCUACGCUGAUGGCCGGCUACACCAGUGUUCGCGAGCUUGGAGGCUUUGGCACUGACGUCCUGCCAGCGAUUGAGAAGGGUGUCAUCGUGGGACCCAACAUUUACGGAGCUGUGGCGCCCAUCUCCAUCACCGGAGGCCAUGGCGAUGAUCAUGCAUGCCCAUUGGAUAUUAUCACUAACGCUCAAGCCCACGGCAGUGCUGCAUUGGCUGUCUGCGAUGGUGUAGAAGACUGCCUGAAGACUGUUCGCCGCAUGGUGCGACGCGGGGCUAAGGUUAUUAAAGUCUGCUCUAGUGGAGGAGUUCUUAGUCUGAAUGAUGAUCCCGAGUGCCAGCAAUUUUCAGACGAGGAGCUGUCGGCCAUUGUGCAGGAGGCGGCCAGAAGCAAGCGUGCGGUGGCAGCCCAUGCCAUUGGCAAGCCUGGAAUUGUGGCUGCCCUUCGCGCUGGUGUUACAAGCAUUGAGCAUGGAAUCUACCUGGACGAAGAAGUGGCAGAUUUAAUGGUUGAAAAAGGCACCUACUUUGUCGGCACGCAGCACAUCAUCCGCACGCUUAUGAGCGACUAUCUGGACACGCUCCCGGAGCCCUCGAAACAAAAAUUGCUACAUGUACACGACCAGGCCACUCAGUCGUACAAAAUUGCGAUAAAAAAGGGUGUCAAGAUUGCCAUGGGUACUGACAUGGUUAGCAGCGCUCGAAACUCCAAGCUCUCUCACGGCAACAAUGGACGUGAACUAGCUCACGCCGUGGACCUAGGCAUGACGACCCUAAAGGCCAUUGAAUCCGCCACAGCCAAUGGUCCCGAGACGCUUGGGCCUAUGGCACCGCUAAGCGGCCAGCUGAAAGCUGGCUAUGAUGCGGACAUAAUCGGUGUUAGCCACAACCCUCUUGACAAUAUUGCUGUGCUGGGUGACUCAAACAACAUUACCCAUGUCUGGAAGGGUGGACAGCUGUUCAAGAAACCAUCGCUUGCGCACAAGCUAGAGGGAUUGCCAAUGGAUAGCUAGACUUUGUAUCUAGUCUCAAUUGAGUAACCUGCUCGUCGACCAAAGUUCAGUGUGAUGUCUACUGCGGCUGUGCCGUGUCCCGGACUUCCAUUUCACGCACGCUACGCUCUGAAACAGGUAAUUCGUCUCUUCUAAUGGGGAGAGGCAUGAAGUAAUUAUGUCACGGCGCAGUGCUUACAGCUCAGGUUUCAGCUGGAGCAAGGCUAUCGCGUGGGAGCUGAGAUGUGGUGCAACCCACCACACGCAGAUCGGGCGAUGUUGGCCGUGUUUGCCACGUGUAGGAUGUCAAUGCGUCUUGAGGAGUAGUUGAAGGUACAGUCCCCCUUUCGUAUAACUGAGGAUCUUCUGCAGUAGGCUGAGACAGAAAGCCUUGGUAUCUUGUGACCCUGGCCGACAUGAACGACGGUAUCACAAGAGCCAAGGCCCGAGAGCCAGGCGAGGAACGCGCGUCUACGGCUGCAGGACACGACAAAAGAGGGGGUAUCCAGAUUAGCGGUGAUGAUGUAUGUGCGUGGCUUGGCUCUUGGUCUGCAGUGCUUGUAAAUCCGGUCGCAGAACGGCUUCUGUUGCUCAACGGUGGACAGACGGGGUAGGUACGCCAAGGGGAGCCAACGCGUGUAAGUGGGUGCGUCGCCGAAUCACCUGCAUGUAACGAACCGAGGGCCAAUGGUUGAUCUCCAAAGCCAUCUAUGCCAAUUGAGCACUGAUUUACAAAGCUGACAACGGUUCAAUGAGGUCGAUUGAGCGCCACGGGACAUGAUCUCUUGGGCAUCCAGACAGAGCCGACUUUGCCCGCUGUGACGCACCACCAGGGGAGGCUGACGAGGCUGUGGAUGUGCUGGACUGCGGGCGGCAUGUCUGCAGCGGUAGUUGAUAUUAUGGCGGUGGGUACAAAAUGAACGACUUCCUGAUUAGUAGUGAUUUACCGUGGGACCACGCAUGAGGGCUGGCGGUUGCGUAGCGCAGGUGGCAGCCGACUACCCGCACAUGGGCAUCGAAAUCCGAAAUCCGAUGGGGCUUGGCCUAUAGAUCUGUGACGCAAGGGCCAAGCGGUACCCGGUGGAACGAAGCCGAGUAAAACGACAAGGCAGUUGACAGAGGGGAUUACGCGGCCUGUGAGCAAGAAAGAGGG